CUGUUAAGUCUCCUAAAGCAGGAGCUGCAAAGGCGAAUUGGAACACUGCCUCGCGUGAAAAUCUCCUUGGUGCAGGGCGAAGACCGAGAUGCCGGCGCCACGGAGUGCCUGCUGGUGCAACCAAGGUCCCUCUCCGAAAUUUCGCGUUCGGUUAGAGCGGCCAAAACGAUGCGCCUGAAUGUUCGCGCCCGAGGUCGAAAGACCAGUAGCGUCAACGGUCUCUACGCUGAUCAGUUUACCCUGUUGGUCGAAUGCCAGACCCUCACCGAUACACCACACAUCGAGCUGACAUCCGUGCUUGCUGAUAGGGAUAGUGCACAGCAGGUGCCCUGUCUACGAGUCCUAGUCAGUGUGGGCAUAGAUGACCUGCUCGACUUUCAGAUCAAUAACAAAAUUGAACUGGCGCAACCGAUAGACGAAGGCGUGCCCCGGGGCACCGUGGUGGGUGCCCUGGUCUCAAAGUAUCCCCUCGGCGAAUGGCGAGAAAAGAAUUGGCCAAAUUAUUUCGCACAAAACAGGAUAUUUUGCAUUCGAGUCGUCGACUCAAAGGGGGAUCUCUGUGAGUACAUCGGUGAAGAAGAAGUCAACUACUGUAAAUUUAGUUUGGGAAUGUUGGGCAUAGUAUAUGACGUUUUUCUAGAAUACCAUCCGAUGUCGAUGUCAAAGCGUUACUAUGUAUGGUCGGGAAAAAUAACUUUUGCAUAG